GAAAAAAUAUAGUAGUGAACAACCGUAUAUACAUGUUGAAAAAGGGAGAUCACUCUUACGUGACUAUUAUAUAAAUUUACAAAUGUCAAAGAUGUCAGGGUGCUUUAUUUUUCGUCAGAUCACAUCAAGUUGUCUCCGAUGUUAUACCACACGUCUUCUUAAAGUUAAUCAGGCCAAGUUUAAUUCAUCUAGAUUAUUGUCAGACAGAAUAUUAGACCCACCAGAUCAUACACCUCCUAUUCCAGAAUAUGUUGAUAGAGGGAGUAAUGAAUCCAUUGACGAUAAAAAGGCUCGAUUAUUAUAUCAGAGCAGAAAAAGAGGGAUGACGGAAAAUGGCCUCUUACUCAGUACAUUUGCCUCACUACAUUUGGACAAGUUAUCAGAAGAGCAGCUAAAAAUGUAUGACAGCUUGAUCAAUAAACCAACAAAUGAUUGGGAAAUAUAUUACUGGAUGAUAGGAAAUAAACCCACACCACCAGAAUAUGAUAAUUCUGUAAUGGACAUGCUGAAAGAUCAUGCAAAAAAUAAAGACAGAAAUGUUAGAUUACAACAGCCUGCAUUGUAUACAUAGAUUUUCUCCCUUUGUAGAUCUGUUACACACAAUUCUUGAUCAGAGCAUGUUGAUAAAAUACUAAGUUUAAUCAGUGAAAUAUUUUUCAUAGCACUUAUUGUAUGAUUGUAAAAAUAAACUUUAAAAGACUUUUCAAAUUUUGAUAUCACUCAUUGUAUCAUUGUUAAAAUAAACUUAUUCUUUUAUAUGAAAUAGCGUAACGUAUAAAAAAGGAAGAUACAUGUAUUAGAUAUCAGUCAAUGAAUUUAAGAUUUUGAUUUUACUACCCCAAAUUCCAGUUUUGAAUUUGUUCUACUAUAUAUUUAACUAAAUGUUCUUAAAAUUUUCACUGGCCCAAACUAAUUUGGGCCAGUGCUAAAUUCGAUGACUGAGAAAUAAAUAAAAGAAAUACUUUCAGAGAUAUUUCAUUCUGACAUAAAAAUAUUUGAAUUUUUUCACUCUUCAGUGAGAUAUGAUUUGCAUUCAUUCAAAGAAAAAAGUAGGCUGUUCUUUUUGUACUUUAAUCAUACACAUAUCAUUUAUAUAUAGUGUACAUUUAUAAUUACAUGAGAGAAAAUUUCCAACUAGUGAAGUUCUCAGGUGUUCUUGAGAAAUGGUUCUACAUUUGCUGUGAAUCUUUUGUUAGCAAAUUUUUAUGUGAUAGAGCACUUUAAUUUCUUUUGCUUUGAACAUUUUUAAUUUUAUUAAAGUAUUGCUGGACAUUUACAAGUGUCAAUGUUUUCAAAAGACUUAUGUGUAUUAUAAUACAUAAACAGAAUGUUAAAUUUAAGAAAAAAUACAUUUGUAAAAAAUGUUCAAAUAAAUGUUUACAAGCAAUA